AUGUCUGAUCUAAUUGAGAUGGACAAUACCUACGUCGAUCGUAUCCAGCUCCGGCGCAGGAUUAUGAGAGACCACGAGGGAGACGCUAUAGCUGCCAACCCGAUCAUCAAGCCAGCUGUCAACGAGUUGUACACUUGGAUGAUGGAAACCUACCUCCCGCGCCGCUUCCCACGAGUCUACCAAUUAACUCUCGCCCCAGGGUCUUUGUACCCAGUCCUCUUCAACACCGCCACCAAGGAGACUCUCUCCGUCGCACCCCCUCCAACGCCCGUAGAAGCUCUCAAGAUUCUCGGAGGCAGUAUCGACUGCGAAUUUCUCCUCCUGCUCCCUACAGCCGAGGAGGGCAAGUACAGACUCGAAGGCUUCGUGACAUGCUUCCCCUCCGGCUUCAAUACGCGCCUAAAGCUCGGUCUCAAUCUCGCUGGUAUCCAUGGACCGGUUCCCGGCUAUGCGGCCAAGCUCGAAAAGAGCAUGGACAGAUUCUUCGCAGCACUACCGGUCGGCAAGGUUGUCAAGCGGGCGAACUGGUCCAUCACUACGAACCGCGAUCUCUUUGUGCUCAGCGGAAAUCACGGCUAUGAGAGCGAGGCGGACGGUGUUUCUGGACGGGAGGAUGAGGAGGUGGAUGUGGAGCAGUGCGUGGUUAGGUGCGAGAGACAGACCUUGCACCGGUUACCGGAGAGCAAGGCGCUGGUGUUUGCCUUCAAGACUUAUCAAUAUCCACUCAGGCAUAUUAAGGAUGAGGGGAGUGCGGAGGACUUGUGCGAAGCUAUCGAUGGCCUGCCCGGGGGCAGUACGCCAAAAAUGGCCGUUUACAAGCGGCAGGUUGUGUGGGGUGAGCCGGUUAAGGCGUACUUGAGGAGCUAG